UGCAGCCUCAAAGUUCUUUUGCGACCUGCCCCACGCAUUGUAUGCGGGACUUCGGAAUCUUCGGUCUGAUACAUAUCGCAAUUGUUGUUUUUCUCGUCUUACCGUGAAUUACCAUUGGAGUUACAUUUCUCAGAUUGUGCGGGAGUCUUAUCACAUUGAAUUUUGAUUCGGCACUGCUACCAACAGAAAACAAUGAGGUUGGAUUUCAGGUUUACUAAUCAAUUCGGGAUAUCCUACUCCUCUGGAGACAUUACUUUCACUCCCAAUGGUUAUGGUAUUCUCAGUCCAGUGGGCAACCAAAUCAGUAUAUUCGAUCUAAAAAGAGACGAGUGCACUACUUUAGCCGUCAAUUCUUUCCACUCCAUCAGACACAUUGCUAUUUCCCCCAAGAUAGCCCUUUUGAUUGCUGUGAAUGAUGCUGGUGAAGUGUCCAUUGUCUCUUUGAUUACCGGCUCGGUUAUAUCGGUUCAUUCGUUAAGGCAUCCGGUUACCGCGGUUUCCUUCAGUCCUGACGGGAGAUUUAUCGCUCUAGCAAAAGGUCACUGCGUUAUGGUCUUUUUCGCCCCCAGUAUACAGAGGCAAAUUAACCACCUUGAGUUGUAUGGAGUUUACUACGGUUUCGUUGAUGAAGUGACUUCUCUAGAUUGGUCAGACGAUUCAAGCGUCUUUCUUGCAGGUAGCACGGAUAGCAGUUGUAGAGUGUUUUCCUUACACAGGCUAAAGAAGUUAAUAGUAUACACCCUCUCUGGGCACCGUAAUCCUGUUGUCGGUGGUUAUUUCCAAAACUCAUUGGACAUCUUCACUGUCAGUUGUGACGGUGACGUUUGCAUUUGGGAGGCCUCGUAUUCUUUGCAUCAGCUCAAGGAAUCUGUCACCGAUUCAAACGAAAAGGUUCUCUACCGGAUGCAGAAAAGACACCGUUACCUUUCAACUAAUGACACAGCUGUUCAUUCUUUGGUCACCACAACUGCUUUUAACAAGCGUUCAAAGAUGCUGGUGACCGGAUUUGAGAACGGCUCGAUCAUGCUGCACACCAUUCCAGAUUUCGCCAUGAUUACGGAAGUGCGACUUUUCACUAAGCCCGUCAGUGCUCUUUCCGUCAACAUCAACGUCGAUUGGAUCGGUGUGGCAUGUGCGGAAGAGGGACAGCUUGCUGUUUGGGAAUGGCGCUCAGAAACCUGUUCCCUGAAAGCUGAGUCACACACAGGUCAAAUGACAAGUCUAGCCUACUCUCCUGACGGCCUACAUCUGGCAACUGGGGGACACGAUGCGAAGGUGAAAGUGUGGCGUAUUGCUGGUGCACGUGCUGUAGUCACCUUCACAGAACAUACUGCAGCUGUUACCGAGGUAGUCUUUCCAUCACUGAAACCUAAGGUCGUCGUUUCUGCAAGCUUGGAUGGAACUGUGCGCGCUCACGAUCUUGUCAGAUAUCGGAAUUUCCGUACUCUUACGGUGCCGUCACGUUUGGUUCAAUUUGCUUCUGUUGCUGUCGACGGGCCUGGAAGUUUGGCUGCUGCUGGCGGGCUGGAUACUUUUGAAGCAUUCGUCUGGUCAAUCAAAACUGGUGUUUUGUUGGCCACUCUUGCGGGUCAUACGGCUCCGAUCAGUUCUCUAGCAUUUAGCCCCGAUGUCUCUGGAUUCGGUAUCGAGUUGGCUUCCGUUGGGUGGGAUGGAUACCUUCGUUUGUGGGAUUUGAGCGGAAACUCUUCUGACAAACAUAACCCUUCCUCAAUGGGUUUAUUAAAGGAAGCAGUUAGUUUUUCUCACGAUAUCUUAUGCGUCACAUACCGAGGUGAUGGCAAAGAGAUUGCACUUAGCCUUCUUACUGGCGAUGUGAUAUUCUACGAUCCGAUAGAUGGCGUCGAGAAGGGCUCUAUCAAUGGAAAGCAUGAUUUAGGUGUCAGCCAAACGACCGAAGUUGAUUUGGUUACUCCGAAACGCUCCGCUCAGGGCAGGAAAUUCCAGUCGAUUGCUUAUUCCGCCGAUGGAGAACACUUAUUGGCGGCCGGAGAUUCCAAAUACAUUUGCCUAUACUCCGUACCUGACCGAGUCCUACUCAAGCGUUUUGAAGUGACCUGUAACUUAUCCCUGGAUGGUGUGCAGGAAGUGCACGAUCGACGGCGUUUCUUGGCCUCUUGCUCCUCCGUUUCAGUACAAGCCAAAGCUUUGCAGCAGACUAGCCUUCCAAUUCCACUGAACAGGAACGGCCCAGAUCUCGGUAUUAGGCAGCUAAGACCCGAGAUCAGAGUUUCAUGCAUUCGCUUUUCUCCUUUGGGUGAUUCCUUUGCUGCUACAACCACUGAAGGUGUGAUGCUCUAUUCCGUUGCUUCUGCUGGGUCUGCAUCCGAACUAGGGAGCUAUUUUGGCUACGAACAAGGUGAUCAGGCCUCGUGGUUGUUUGAUGCCGUUGACUUGGAUGAGGAGGCCACACCGGCAAACGCACGUGCUGCUCUCUCCCAAGGUCAUUAUGCGAAAGCGCUUGAUAUCGCCAUUCGUUUGCGAAUACACGAACUUGCAGAAGAAGUGAUCGAAUCCAUACCGAUGGAUCAGAUCGAUUUUCUUGCCCGCGGAUUACCAGUGCAUCAAGUGGCGCACUUCGUCAUUCCUUUCCUUGCUCGACAGCUUAGUGGUAGAUCCAGGCAUCUUGGCUUCUACAUUCAUUGGACCGACUCUGUUCUGCGUACUCACGCAAUGGCUUUGCGUCAUGGGGCCGCCAGGAUGGCUCUUGCAGAGCGUAACUCGUCCGCACAACUACAGAAGACACUGGACGGCGAGAGUGAAGGCUCGAAGACCCCUGGAAUCCUAACCGAGCGUGGUGAAUGGGCAGCUUGUCAGGCCAAUUUGGUGCGUUUGCAAACGAGUUUGGAACAGGUCAAGGCAAAUGUUGUUCAAAGAUUUGAGGCAGUGGAACACUUGUGGCAUUACCUCGAAAGCAUCGCUCCUCUGGUCUCCUCUGAUUACACAGCUGCGGAUAAGUCUGUUUCUCGUGGCGAAAACGGCGACGUUUCUAUGGUGCAGUCAGUUGAUAUUGACGAUCCUUACUGAAGACGGGGGUUGAAAGUGUGCACCUCGGAGGGUUCACCUGCUCUUCUCUGCACCACAUGUAACAUAACAUAUCUCUAUUGUAUAAACUUUUCUCUGGAGCCUAAUACUUGUUUACCUGUCAGUUUUUCUAUGGUUGGGGUUUUGCUUAAUUUGGUUGUCAUUAUGCCACUUUCCGCAUGGUAUCUAGUUCGGUC